UUUCUGUUCGUUUCGUUUCGUGCGUUGCGUUUAGUUCAGUUGGAUUCGUCGGCUCGUUGCCUUGUUUUGUGUGUUUUUCUUCUUUUAAGUAUAUAAGAGCAGCAUAAAAAAAAAUAAGCAUUAUUUUUUUUUUUUGUAAUUGUGAAGAACAAUUUUGUAUGUACUAAUUUGUAUGUUAUUUGUGUCAAAGUUAAUUAAAGGAUAAACCAAACGUUAUUCAAUUCAAAAGAUAAAACCUCAAGAUGUUAGCUAAAAGCAAUACCCUUCAACAAAACCCACCCAGACGCACUCCCCUCUCCCUAAGUACAUCCGCGAAGCCAACAACAAAAAAUGAAAAGAAUGACAAUAACAAAAAAGAUACAACCAACAACCAAAAGACUGAAAAUCUAAAAAAAGACUCCCACCAAGAAAGAAAACUUUCUUCUGAUAAAAAACAAUCUUCGACUGAAUCAAAAAGGUCCUCUUCAACAUCAUCUACUGAUUCGAGAAAAGUCGACGAUACCAAAAUCAAUAAAAAUGAUGACAACAAAAAAAGCCAAAAUGGUGUUAAUGGAAAUGGUAUCAAGGAUAAACAAUCUAAUUCAUCAAAUAAUGGAAAUGAAGUUGCAGCUAAAACUAAACCAGAACCACCAUCAAAUGGCAAUUCUUCCAAAAAAGAUUCACAAAAAUCGGUUGAGAAGAAAAAGGAACCUGUGGUGACUGAUGUAGCACCGAAGAAUGACAACAAGGAAAAGACUACUGAAAAGACAAAAGAAGCCAAAAAUGAAGAAAAUAAAAAUAAAUCUGCUGAAAAAACUAAAGAAAAGAAAACUGUUGAAGUUUCAAAUACACAAGCCCUAGAACAGGAAAAGACCAAGGAAAAGAAAGAAAAUGUAAAAGUUACAGAAAAGAAAAAGACCGAUGAAAAAGUAGAGGAAGAGAAAAAUGUGGCAAUAGAAACACCAGAAAAGACACCAGUUAAGGAAACAAUCAUUGUUGAACAAGAAGCAAUAAUGGUCGACUUGCCAAAAGACGAAGAUCAAUCAAAGAAGGCUGAGGAAACAAGCACUAUGAAGACCCCGACCAAAGGAAACAAAGUCGAGGAAACACAUUUCACUGAGAUUCCAUUGCCAGAAACUAUGUUUGAGGACAUAGAAAUGAUGGAACCCUUGACUGUUGCAGAAGAAGAACCAACUUCUUGCAGCAUUUUUGCAGUUUCAACACCGUCUAAGAAUUGCAGUCCCAAAGAGGCCUUAAAUCUUUUUGAUGUCCCUACAAAUCGAUCUCCCAAAUCCGAAAUUAAACCACCCAAGGAAACUUUAACUCACACCCCAGAUCGUAAAUCUUGCCCGAGAACAUUUUCUUCCAUAUCCGGACGUCGCAGUAUCCGCCCGAUCGGUGAUUACACUUUCUCUGGAAAUUUACAAAUCCGUGAGUCUUACAGGAAGAUCAACACUGAACUGGAUUUCACCUCUUCCAGUUUGAAUGUCACAGUUGGAUCUGAAGUUCCAAACAAUGAGUCGUUCUCGUUCUUUUCUCGAUCACGUAAACGAGAUCGAUCAUCGCCAACUCAUCAAUCUGCCGAAAUGCAGACUGAUCUUAGUCCGAAGAGCCCGAAACGCGCGAAAAUUGAUACCGGAAUGUAUGGCUUCUUCAAUGCUAUGGCCAGUCCAAUAACAAUGCUUCGAGCUCGUCUUGCCCGAGCAUCAGUUCAAUCGACGCCGAAGAAACAGAUAAUAAAUCAAAUUGAACAGGAAAUAGUUGAGAAUGUAUCAGCAAUAGCCGUUGAAGGAACUACCACCGUUGCCGUUGAUGAGGAUCUAACAGCAACAGAAGAGCAGACUUUCAAUCCUGAUAGUACAGUUGCCGAUAACAUUGAACAGCCCGAGGAGGAACCUGCUAAAUGUGCUCAGACUACCCCCGAAGUUGUUGUCGAGGAUGUGGAUGAUAUUAAAAUCAAAGAGACCAUAACUGCAACAGAUUCGCAAGCCAAGAAGAAAUGUAGCAUUAUGUAAUGCUACAAAUUUUGUUUAUUUUUUUAGAAUAAAAACAUUAUAAUAAUAAUAAUGACGAUAAUAAUAAUGAUAGUAAUACGAGUUUAGUAGAAAAAAAAAGAUGAAAAUCAGAACAUAUCGAAAGAAUUCGAUUGAAAUAUUAAUUUUUUUUUCUGGCAAUCUCAUUUUAUAUGUGUUUGACUGUUUAGUGUUUCUAUUUUGUUCUAAAAUUGGGAAUAUUCUUUAUUUUUAGAAAGAUAACAAAAAAAAUGCCAAUAAUUUUUUUCAUUUAAAACAAAUUCAAUUGUCACAAUUUAAAUUUUUUCAUAGAUAGACUAUUUCAUUUUUUAGGAUAUCAUCUUUGGGGAUAUUUUGGAUCUGAUCCCUGAACACAAAAAUAAAAUAAUUUUCUUUUCUGUUUAAUUUACUUUUGCUGACGCAUAAUUACAUACAUACUU